AUGGGACCCGUAGGUGUCAGCCACCAUAGUCCCAAACUAGUCCCGCUUCGCAAUAUGAAGUCCCCAGAGCUGCCCGAAAGUGGUUCGGUCAAGGAUAUGAUCGGGAGGUUUAGUGAUUAUCCGCCACCUCCCAGCUUAAAGAAUGCAUCCGGGAAUGUCUCUCAGAGCGUAGGGGUGAUCCGAUCACGCACCCCACAGCAGAUCGCUGCCCAGCUUGCCGCGGGAAGAUCGACGCCUGGUGAGAAUACAGCCACAAACAUGGGUGUCAGCAAGAUGCAAGGUUCAAAGAGGACGCCUUCGAAGCGCAGUGAAGACAACGAGAGACCGCCGUUGCUAGCGCCAAAGCCGGUAUGGGCUACAGCUGCAAGCACCGCCUCGUUUGACAACAUCCUACAAAGCGAAUCCGAAUUACCGCUUAGUGAUAAGUCGACCCAACGGAAGCCAGUAGCGCAGAUAUCCCCCAUAGAUGCGGCAAGGCUUGCUGCGAAAAUGAAGCCUCGUCCUCCACCAGUGCCUCGAAAACCACCUGCGGUUGCCAGCGGUCCAACCUCUGCUCCCGACAACGUACACUCAAAGGGGUCAGAGAAUCACGAGCAGAUCCUAAGAUCGCACUCCUCACUUCAUCUUAAAGAGACUACCCCUGCUGAGACACCGCCAGUGCUUCCACCAAGGAGGGGUGGCUCAUCCGUGCCUCGGAAGGACCCAACAAAUCAUCGACUUCUUUUAGAGACUAACAAUGGGUCCCGGACCCGACCAUCAACGCCCGGCACGGCGUCCCUGUAUACUGCGUCCCUGAGCAAUAGUACUACGAGCUUGCUUGAUAGCUCCUCAGGGCUGGAUGAAGGGGCAUUCUCAGAUGCGAUUGUCGCCUCGUCAUUGGCAUCUGUUCGGGCCUCGCAGGAGAGCAAAGUCCCACCGCCCCCACCACCGCAGCGCCGCGCCAGGUCUCGUUCUCUGAAACAUUUUCCCCAUACGACCAAGCAAGAACAUUCGAAUUCCCCUAGUCCAUCCACUCACCUACGACAGACCCUCCGGGACCCAUCUAGAAUAGUGGAAGAUGAAGGGUACCAGAGACAUAAGCAUUUGAUUCGCAAGCAUCCGCAUAAACAUCACGAAGGCGAGCGCAGAAGAUGGCGGAGUGAGGUGACUGAGAAAGAGCGAAAGCGGUAUGAGGGCGUUUGGGCUGCGAACAAGGGAUUGUUGCUCCCCCCCGAACAGCAGAGGCCUCCCGAAGCGUACCCCCCGGAAGCCUCGGAGAUGGUGGUUAAUCUGGUGGCCGCGGACAUUUGGUCGCGUAGUCGCCUCCCGCAGCAUGUCCUAGCGCAGAUUUAUGACUUAGUGGAUGGGCAACGGAUUGGUCUCCUCACCCGGGAGGAAUUUGUGGUCGGGAUGUGGUUGAUUGACCAGCAGCUGAAAGGUCACAAACUCCCGCCAAGGAUCCCCAAUAGCGUUUGGGCGAGCGUCAAGCGGAUAUCGGGGGUGCACAUCCAUGGCCUCCCUCCUGCUGCAUACUAG